AUGAGUCCGAAUGUCUGUCCGUUCAAAAGAAUGUCCAAUGUCCACUGUCCAGUCCAGAGUUUUUGGUCUUUACCGAAAGUUAAUGCUGAUAAAUCGAAUGAUUGGGCAGCGGUAGAACUAGAUAAGAAUUUGCUUAAAAUACUCGAAGCAGACAGCAGGCCUGAAUCAGAAACAUGUAGCUGGUUUAAUAUGUUUAUGGCUUAUCUAUUCCGAGAAUGGAAGGAUAAUGAUGCUGUUAGAAGAAUAUUUUUAAAGAAAAUCCACGGAGAAUUCGAGGAUUUGCUACGAACUACGGCUGGAAAAAUUAUUACUGGUAUUACGAUUAAUGGUUAUUCAUUAGGAAGUUCACUACCGAUCAUCAAAAAGAUUUCUAUCGUUAGAACAAGCUCGAAGGACAACAAUACCAGCAAAGUACCAGAGAUCUUUGGAAAAUCCGCAUACGUUUCCGUUAAAGUUGUUAGCUUAAAAGGAAAAGUUGGCUUAAAAUUGACUCGACAUCCAUUCUCUCAUUGGUCUUUUUCCUUUUACAAAGAGCCUGAGAUACAAUUUCAAGCUCAAACAUUAUUUGAAGGGAGAAAACUUCCACAAUUAGCUUCGCUUAUAACCAACCAAUUGAGAAGAUCCUUAAGGAAGAAACAUACUUUACCCAAUGCUGUACCUCGUAUGAAGCCGUUUAUACCAAGACUAGAUAACGAGGUAUACAUACACAACAAUAAAUUGUCUUGCGGGCAAUUAUCAGUGAAAGUGGUGAGCUGCUCUCGUCUAUCUCGAGCAGUAAAAGCGACAUCGGUUUAUUGUGUAUUAUCAUUAGGAUUUUGUGCUAUGAGUGGCAAAGUUGGACUCCCGUAUGGUUAUUGGGUAACUCAUGAUACUGUAGUUGAAAAAGACGAAACAUCGCCUUUUGGAGUCACCUUCAAACAGUGUUUUGAUAUGAGAAGAAGUUCACGUUCUGGUCAGAAAGCUGAGAUUGUUAUAAUUGAAUCAGUUAUCCCGAAUUCACCAGCUGAUCGUGCAAAUUUGAAAAGGGACGAUGUAAUUAUUGCUGUCGAUAACCAAGCCCUUUCUUCAUUAAAAGAAGUGGUAAAGCAAAUCAAGGGCAAGAACAGGUUUAACUUAAAAAUUCAACGGAAGCAAAUUAAGCCAAUGGGAUCUCACCAAUUACAUGAUGCAACCUCUGAGGUUCCAGGAGAAAGCACUGUAGAAAGAGACUCUGCUAAAUUAGCCGCUGCUGUUUCAAAUAGUGAAUUUGGUGUACUUGACGAUAACACUCACCCAGGGAAAGAUUGGAUACUAUAUGACGGUACUGACAAUGAAGAGGAUACCGUGGUGAAUGUUGCUGACGACCUUGGGGGAGAGAGCACUAGUAGAACCACAGAAAUUACUACAACUUGUGAUCCGAUCUGGAAUGAGCAGUUUCACCUUUCAGUUGAGAAGGACCAUAGAUAUUUAAAUGCCUCAGUUUGGUAUCGUUUAGAGGAAAAGUCAACUUUUGAUUUGAUGAUUGGCUACGUUUCAGUACCUAUAAUGAAUAUUUCCGUAACGGCCAUGUCUUUACCUAAAAAUAGCUUCCGAAAUACUUAUAUUCUAACUCCAGCUGAUGUCUUUCGAGUCGACUCUAGCCAGUCUUCUGUUCGCCUUAGUUCAAUGCUUCGCCAUAAAGGCAUUACCCAUGAAUGGUGUGGAGAUAUUACUUUGGAAUUUAUUCACGAAACGAAAAUUGGAUCACAAAGCGUAGAUAGUGUGGCCGGCCUGUGA